UGAGGGCUCUUGGGUUAGUUCCUGUUAGGCCCGGGCCGGGGGAGUAGGUUGAAGUCUCCUAAGAUGCCCGGUGGGCUGGGGCACCGGGAGCUGUGAAGAGGGCGUGAGGAGGCGGCGAGGGGAGACCCGCGGCAGGCCUGAACAAGAGCGGCGGCCGAGCCCGCCUUCCCUGCACCAUGCUCAUAGAGGAUGUGGAUGCCCUCAAGUCCUGGCUGGCCAAGUUACUGGAGCCGAUAUGUGAUGCUGACCCUUCAGCCUUAGCCAACUAUGUUGUAGCGCUGGUCAAGAAGGACAAACCUGAGAAAGAAUUGAAAGCCUUUUGUGCUGAUCAGCUUGACGUCUUUUUACAAAAAGAAACUUCAGGUUUUGUGGAUAAACUGUUUGAAAGUCUCUAUACUAAGAACUACCUUCCACCUCUGGAACCAGUUAAGCCUGAGCCAAAACCACCAGUCCAAGAAAAAGAAGAAAUUAAAGAAGAGGUAUUUCAGGAGCCAGCAGAGGAAGAACGAGAUGGUAGAAAAAAGAAGUAUCCUAGUCCCCAGAAGACUCGUUCAGAAUCUAGUGAGCGAAGGACACGUGAGAAAAAAAGAGAAGAUGGCAAGUGGAGAGACUAUGACCGGUACUAUGAGCGGAAUGAACUGUACCGUGAGAAAUAUGACUGGAGAAGAGCCAGGAGUAAGAGUCGGAGUAAGAGCCGGGGCCUGAGUCGAAGUCGAAGCCGAAGUAGAGGGCGCAGCAAAGACCGAGAUCCAAAUAGGAAUGUUGCAGAGCACAGGGAAAGAUCAAAGUUUAAGAGUGAAAGGAAUGACUUGGAGAGUUCCUAUGUGCCUGUGUCUGCACCACCUCCGAGCUCUUCUGAGCAGUAUUCCUCUGGGGCACAGUCUAUUCCCAGCACUGUUACUGUGAUCGCACCUGCACACCACUCUGAAAACACAACGGAGAGUUGGUCUAAUUACUAUAACAAUCAUAGCUCUUCCAAUUCUUUUGGUCGAAACCCACCACCAAAGAGGCGAUGCAGAGAUUAUGAUGAAAGAGGAUUUUGUGUACUUGGUGACCUUUGUCAGUUUGAUCAUGGAAAUGAUCCCCUCGUUGUUGAUGAAGUUGCUCUGCCAAGCAUGAUUCCUUUCCCUCCACCUCCUCCUGGGCUUCCUCCUCCACCACCUCCUGGAAUGUUAAUGCCUCCCAUGCCAGGUCCAGGCCCAGGUCCAGGCCCAGGCCCUGGCCCAGGCCCAGGCCCAGGUCCAGGUCCUGGCCACAGUAUGAGACUUCCUGUCCCCCAGGGACAUGGCCAGCCUCCGCCUUCUGUUGUGCUUCCCAUACCAAGACCACCCAUAACACAGUCAAGCUUGAUAAACAACCGUGACCAGCCUGGGACAAGUGCAGUGCCCAAUCUUGCACCAGUGGGAGCAAGACUACCUCCUCCUUUACCCCAGAACCUCCUUUAUACAGUAUCAGAACGACAGCCCAUGUACUCUCGUGAACAUGGUGCUGCUGCAUCUGAGCGACUUCAGUUGGGGACACCGCCUCCUCUCUUGGCAGCUCGUUUGGUGCCACCUCGAAACCUCAUGGGAUCCUCCAUUGGGUACCAUACCUCAGUCUCCAGCCCCACCCCUCUGGUCCCAGAUACGUAUGAACCAGAUGGUUAUAAUCCAGAAGCUCCUAGUAUUACCAGUUCUGGUAGAUCUCAGUACAGACAGUUCUUUUCGAGAACACAGACACAGCGCCCAAACCUGAUUGGCCUAACAUCUGGAGAUAUGGAUGCAAAUCCAAGAGCUGCUAACAUUGUCAUCCAGACUGAACCACCAGUUCCUGUUUCAAUUAAUAGCAACAUAACCAGAGUAGUUCUUGAACCAGAUAGCCGAAAAAGAGCUAUAAGUGGUUUGGAAGGGCCGCUCACAAAGAAACCUUGGCUGGGAAAGCAAGGGAAUAACAGUCAGAGUAAACCAGGAUUCUUGAGAAAGAAUCAGUAUACAAACACCAAAUUAGAAGUCAAGAAAAUCCCUCAGGAAUUGAACAACAUUACCAAGCUCAAUGAACACUUCAGCAAAUUUGGAACUAUUGUAAACAUCCAGGUUGCUUUUAAGGGAGAUCCAGAAGCAGCCCUCAUCCAGUAUCUUACCAAUGAGGAGGCCAGGAAAGCCAUUUCCAGCACUGAAGCAGUUCUAAACAACCGAUUCAUUCGAGUUCUGUGGCAUAGAGAAAAUAAUGAGCAGCCAGCACUACAGUCUCCAACACAGCUACUCCUGCAGCAACAGCAAACACUUAGUCACCUGUCACAGCAGCACCAUCAUCUGCCACAGCACCUUCAUCAGCAGCAGGUGCUGGUGGCCCAGUCUCCUCCCUCAACAGUACAUGGGGGUAUCCAGAAGAUGAUGAGUAAACCGCAGACAUCAGGCGCCUAUGUUCUUAACAAAGUUCCUGUUAAGCAUCGUCUUGGACAUGCAAGUGGUAACCAGACUGACGCAUCACACUUAUUGAGUCAGUCAGGUGGUGCUGGAGAGGAUUGCCAGAUAUUUUCAGCUCCAGGCCAUCCAAAAAUGAUUUACAGCUCCUCAAACUUAAAGACACCUUCAAAACUUUGUUCAGGGUCUAAAUCUCAUGAUGUUCAAGAAGUUCUUAAAAAGAAGCAGGAAGCAUUGAAGCUACAACAAGACAUGAGGAAAAAGAGGCAAGAAGUGCUAGAAAAACAAAUAGAAUGCCAGAAGAUGCUAAUAUCUAAGCUAGAAAAGAACAAAAACAUGAAACCAGAAGAGAGAGCAAAUAUAAUGAAGACUUUGAAAGAGCUUGGUGAAAAGAUCUCACAGUUGAAAGAUGAAUUAAAAACAUCUUCUGCAGUCUCCACACCAUCUAAAGUAAAGACAAAAACAGAGGCACAGAAAGAACUAUUAGAUACUGAACUGGACCUUCACAAGAGGCUAUCCUCAGGAGAAGACACAACAGAGUUACGGAAAAAACUCAGUCAAUUACAGGUUGAGGCUGCACGAUUAGGUAUUUUACCUGUGGGUCGAGGAAAGACCAUGUCCUCUCAAGGUCGAGGAAGAGGCAGAGGCCGUGGAGGAAGAGGAAGGGGCUCACUGAAUCACAUGGUGGUGGACCACCGCCCUAAAGCACUGUCAGUUGGGGGAUUCAUUGAGGAGGAAAAAGAUGAAUUACUUCAGCAUUUUUCACCUGCAAACCAAGGGUCAAAAUUCAAAGACCGUCGGCUACAAAUAUCAUGGCACAAGGCCAAGGUGCCUUCUGUAUCCACUGAGACCGAGGAAGAAGAAGUCAAGGAGGAGGAAACAGAGACCUCAGAUUUGUUUUUGCAUGAUGAUGAUGAUGAAGAUGAAGAUGAAUAUGAGUCUCGUUCAUGGCGAAGAUGAAAUCUGAUGCGAGCUGUAUAAUUUUUAGGAAUAUUGUUUAGAAGAACAACUUUUUAAAAUUAUUUAAAGAAGUCAAUGAGCCAAAAAUUUUUUUUAUUUUUCUUUUCCACACAGUAGGUUUAAGGACAGCAAGUUUGCUAUUUAAACACAUCUCAUAACUGUUCAUGAUAUUAAAGCACCAAAGGCCUAGUGACUUUUACACAGUUGUGAAGAUCCACAGGAAUGAUACGGAUAAUCUCUAGAGCCUUAUUUUCCACACCACCUGUUUUGUUGCUAUUGGUGUUGGAUUAUGAUGUAAAUGACAGGGUGUUCAGAAAUUUUAUUUUGGAUUAUAAUCUGCUGAUAAAAUUUCAUUAAAUGUCAAAAUCGCCUGGAAUCUCUUAACUCUCAGCUAUUAUGGAUGGGUCGUCAGACAGGAGAUAUUUGUAAUUAAAAUACCCUUUUGCUUUCAAGAGUUGUCUUGGAAGAAGAAAAGUAAAUUUAUUUUAAUUUUUUUACUGUGGAGGAGCCCAGUUUGUAUUCAAUCUAAAUUUUCGAGGGGGGGUGUUUAUGUGCAGUACAAGUACUAUUUUAGUGUAAAUCAUAACAGACUCUGUAUUAAAUGCUGUAAGGCAGUGGUAGCUAGCUCCAUGGUAUUUCCAUUCUGUCAUCAUAUUAACUGUCCUGGAUUUAUGCUACUGAUCCUUAGUUUGCUUUGGAAUUAGUGAAUAUUGGUUCAGUUGGUCCUGUUUAAAAAUACUCUCAGAAUGUAAAAGGCUUUCACCUCUUGCCCCUUUCUUGUCCCCAUUUUCUUUCUCCUGCCUUUAUAUUAAUAGCCCUGACUUACCCACUAUUGAGAUAAGUGAUUCUUCUGGGCCACCCAAAGUCAGUCCCAAAUAAAAAGUUUAAACCAGCACCUUGAUAAAUAA